GACUGUUCUGAACUGCAGCACCAUGAUGAAGUGGGCCGUUGUCCUCUGUGCCCUGGUGGCUCUCUCCGAGUGCCUGCACAAGAUCCCCUUGAUUAAAGGGAAAUCUGCAAGGCAGGCUCUGGAAGAGAAAGGCCUGUGGGAGGAGUACAGGAAGAGACACCCCUACAACCCCGGUGCCAAGUUUAACCCUGAUUUUGCCACAGUAGCAAAUGAGCCCAUGACCAACGAUGCUGAUCUCUCCUACUAUGGGGUUAUCUCCAUUGGAACUCCCCCCCAGUCCUUCAAUGUCCUCUUCGACACUGGAUCCUCCAACCUGUGGGUGCCCUCUGUCUACUGCAAUAGCGAAGCCUGCACCAACCACAAUACCUUCAACCCCAGCCAGUCCUCCACCUACCAGUCCACUUCCCAGACCCUCACCAUCCAGUACGGAACGGGCAGCAUGACUGGAAUCCUGGGAUAUGACACUGUCACCGUUGCUGGCAUUAGUGUCUCAAACCAGAUUUUUGGUCUGAGCGAGACUGAAGCAAGCUUCCAGUACUACAUGCCUUUUGAUGGCAUCCUGGGUCUGGCCUUCCCCUCAAUCGCAGCCUCUGGUGCCACCCCUGUCUUCGACAACAUGAUGAGCCAGGGCCUGGUUUCCCAGGAUGUCUUCUCCAUCUACCUGAGCCCCAAUGGCGAGACUGGCAGUGUUCUGACUCUCGGUGGAAUCGACCAAUCCUACUACACUGGCCAGAUCACCUGGAUCCCUCUGUCCUCAGAGACGUACUGGCAGAUCACCAUGGACCAGAUUAGCAUCAAUGGCCAGGCUGUUGCGUGUGCUGGGGGAUGCCAAGCCAUCGUGGACAGUGGCACUUCUCAGCUUGUUGGCCCAUCUGGUGGAAUCAGCAACAUCAACGCUUACAUUGGAGAUGUUUCCAGCUGCAACAUCGGAAACCUGCCUGAUGUCACGUUCACUCUCAAUGGGUAUGACUUCACCCUGACCCCCUCUGCCUAUGUGUCGCAGACAAGCAACGGCUGCCAGUCUGGCUUCGCCAGUGGUGGAUUUGGCCAGUGGAUUCUGGGUGAUGUCUUCAUCAGGCAGUACUACGCCAUCUUUGACAGAGGCAACAACAUGGUGGGCCUGGCCCAGGCUGCCUAGUCUCACAGUUUCCUGUGGGAGAGCAGCAUCACAGCACGGCCAACUGCCUGCACUCCCCGUGAACGUCACCGCAGCUCUCCUUGUGCUGUCUGUCUUCUGUAGAUGCUUCCAACAAUCAUUGCUGUCACAGGAUAGGCCUGGAGAUCUUCAAGCCAUAAUGGGAGACAGAAAAAAAUGC